GAAGUGGGAGAUAUGUUCCAUUUCCUAGCAUAUUCAUACCAACUACUGUUGUAUGUGUCCAUAUCGAAAGAGUUUGGAUACAGCGCAACGUACAAGUACGCUCUUCCAGGAAGAGUAAUUCUAGGUUGAGAAGUACAUUCCUCAGAUGCGAGAUAAAGCGUGGAUUGGAUGACAUUCAAGAAAAUAAUCGCUAGCAGUUGCAUCGUUGUUUUCUUUAUUUACCAGUCAGAGCGUUUAUAUUCAAUGUUGACUAUAAAAUAUUUAAACACAAAUCCCCAGCAACUAUUAAAUUAAUAAAGAAAAAAAUUCUGAAGAAAAUCUAUUCCUUUAUUUAUUUAUUUAUUUAUUUAUUCAUGAAACAUUGUGUUUCUUUUGUAGAAAAUAGAAUUUUUUUUAAUGUAAUUUGGACGAUUCUUUUGGAGUAUUAUAAUUUCUUUACAUGGUUUGUCAGCACCUGCUGGCAGCACGUCCGUCCUUUUGUUUGCAAUAAGUAAAACAGGUUCAAGGUUUCUUUGGCGCGGAACAAAUGAUUCCUCAAAAAGAUGAUGUGUAUAAGCAGAAUUGUAUCCAAGAAAGGAAACGAAAAAGAAAAAUUUUACUGCCCGACUCCUUGUAAAAGAGGGUGCGUGUCCAGUGCUGAAGUUAUUGGGUUUAAAGUCCGGCUAAGGAUUGUUUGAGACUUGUGAAAUAAUACUUUCUUCUUAUUGUUUAGCAUGAUAAUGGCAUUGAUAGCUUAGGUGGUUGUCUAGCUUAGCAAUUUCUGUACUUCCACGGCAUCUAAAGCUUAAAUUGAGAACUUAAUUUGCAUUAAUUGUACCUGGUUAACAAGACGCUUCUUUAUAACGCAUUGAAAGGAACAACAGAGGCUAUUUUGGGUAAAUAAUUAAAACUAGUCGGUAACCUGUGGAAAAUCUACGAGUUCGUCUCAUUGUUACAUGGGGUAUAUUCUUAAUGAAUAUAGACGAAACAGCGCUACUAAUUUCGCAAUUCGUAAGACGUGCGGUGAGGGAGCAAAAGUAGCUAUUGGGAUCACAUGGUUCAUGUUGUAUUUGGUUGUUUCGUUGACAUAAAAUCUAUGAACUAUGUUCGAAACUCCUUUCGGCUGUGUCGACGAGAGUGUUUUACGAAGAAAAGAUUUUAUGUUUAAGACCUUAUAUCUUAAAAAUUACUGGAAACAAAUGACAUCAUCUUCCUCAUUACUAACUAGGGUCCACUGCGGUCCGAAUUGGAAAAGUUCGCCAAAGCUAGGUAAUACUUUCGGUUUUAGAGGAGACAGGUUGAUGAUGUCAUCAAAAUACGUCAUUAAAAUCCCGAUAUCUCUUUAACCGUUUGUCAAAAGCACAUCAUUUUAUACAUUUUCCUGAUCAGCAUUUUAAACUGCAACGAGAACGAACAACUGCAAAUUUCUAACAAAUUUGUUGGACUUUGCUGACAUCAGCAACAUUUUAAACCUCUAAUAUCUUUUUUUCGCCGAUCAAAAAACAAGCAAAGUGGAUGUGUUCCUUUUCCAUUGAUAUAACCGAAAAGAGUAUGUAUUACUUGGCAACUGCAAAGACGAUACGGUCCGUCGGUAAUGCAUUUAGACCGACGUCAAUCUUUUAAAUGAGGAAAGAGAAGCCAUUGAAUUGCAUUGAGGCCAAAUGACUUGAACACGGAUUGAAAUAACUCACUUUUUCUUCUGUGUGGUUAAUUAGGGACCACCUGGCACCAAAAUGCGACCAUUUUCCUAAAGCUGGGUCAACCUGCCCGUUUCGGUAAAGACAGGUUUGAUGACGUCAUCAAACCUGUUUUAACCACAGUAUCUCUUUAACAGUUUGUUUAAAAAGCACAUGAACAUAUGCAUUUUCUUCAUCUGCGUUUUCAGAUGCGAAAAACAAAAUUUGCCAAAUUUUUUUGUUUAUACUCUGCUGACGUUAGCAAAACACUAAAAACAACCUCUUUUUUCCGUUGUUUUUCUACCUAAAUAGGUGUUUCUUAUUACGGGCAUUGUGGAACGUAUAACUAGCACACAUUUGUUACUCGCGUCCUGCCGUGGUAUAACCGAUAAGGUAAACAGGUUAUUCUCCAACAAACAGUAAUAAUCUAUGUGGCCAACAAAUUCAUCUACUUGCAUAAUAUAGCACAAUUAGAAGACACAAAUAUGCUUACUAAAGGACACCUAGAACAGAAAAAUGAGUCCAGAUUGGCUCAUAAUCUCGCUUUGCUCUCAGAACAUUGAUUUCUGUAUAAAGAUAAACAAAAACCGUUGAGACUCUCGUACAAUAUUACAUCACCAUUAAUGUUCUACCCACACGGCCUUCUUUAUAUGUAUAUAUAUUGAAUGCAUUAUAUAUUUUUAUUUAAAAGUUGUUUUAUUUAUAAUUUUUUUUUUUUGCUUCCACCAGAUAUCUAUAUAUAAAAAAGAGAUUUUAAUUAAUAUUAAAGAUAGAAAGAAGGAUAUCAUAGCUAUUUUAGAAAAAGAAUUCGUUUUUAAAUACUGACAGAUGUGGAUGUUGUCAAUAGGUGAAACAAAUACAUGAUUUGGGUACAGUGAAAAAAGUAAAGAAGUGUGAUUUGAAUACUGUUUAAAUUAGCAUUUUCGUUAAUCCGUCACCAUAUCUAAAAGUACUUUGUAGACUUGCUUCAAAAUUCUAUCUUUUGAAAUUUUUUUUCUCUGCCAGCCUUUAGCUAUAUAUCAUAAAAAUACAUGAUUUUCAUACUGUUAUGCGUGAGAUUGCUAUCCAUCAUAUUUAUGUUGUAUACCAAUAGAAUCAACCAUUGAUCGUUCAUCCGAUAAGAUUUGAAGCUUAAGCGAUACUACAUUUUUCUAUUUUCUAUUAAGUGGAGAUGCUUGUGACAUACUAGAACAACAUUAAUGCAGACGAAAUGUAAGAUUCGUUCAACGUUAACUUACUAGUGACUAUGGAAGUAUCACAGUUCUCAUGUUGUCAUCUUAUUUGCAAAAACUUAAGGGAUAUUCAAUAUUUCAACAGUUCUAUACUCUAUCAUUGCAUAUAGAUUCUCAUUCGGUAUUUUUUUAUUUAUAAUUUGCUUUGUUAUAAUGAUCUGCUCAGAGGGAAUGUGGGAAAAUUAUCUUCAAGAUUUAAAGAAUUCGUUUGCACAUUUAAGUAAAAGAACCAUCAAGUGAGCUAAAACAUGCAUAGCACAAUUAGAGGAGAAAAGUCUACGUAUACAAGUACUAAGUUUCAUUGUUAUCAUUUGUUUGAAUAAUUAUUUUGUACUUUUAGUGUAUUUGCACCUGCGAUGAAAAUACUUCUCCUGCAGAUUCCAUAAAAAGUCUACAGAAUCUGCACCGAAGAGGUUUCCUUUAGGACCUAAGUCAAGAAAAUAUUUUUAUAGACUUUUUCAUACAUAAACAUUUAACUGUCCCUAAAUAUAUUAAAAAAAAAGAUAAUAGUCAUUUCAAGUCAUGUCGUCAAAUGAAGUGCUUGGUGGAUGAUCUAAUGUAAUGACGGCCAUUUUAAAAGAGCUUGCAGUUUUGGAAUUUCUUGAGGAAGGAUUUCAAAAAUGCGUGUUUGGGUUGUGAUUUGCUUAUUUUUGGUGGUAGCAGUAUGCACAGCUGAUGCUUGGUGGAGUGGUGGUAGCCGGAGAAGGUAAAUAGUGAAUAUUUUUUCUAAUAUCCGAGCUAAAUUAUUGUAGAAAUAAGAUAUGCUGCAUCGACUUGAUAUAUUAGGGAAUAUUUUUCUUCUUUUCAAUAAGACGUGGCCAAUCCUGCAAAGCGCUUCACAUUACGCGUCCGGUCGUAACAAUACAAUUGCUAAGCCAAUUAGAUGUACCACGCGAUGAUAACACUACUUGCAAAAUUUCUUCUUGUAGCUCAUCGAGCCGAUCUGAAUCUCGGUCAAGUAGUAGCUCAACGUAUAGCAUUGGCUCUCGGUCGAGCAGUAGAUCAAGACAUGGCAUUGGAUCGAGGUUGAGCAGCAGAUCAAGGUAUGGCAUUGGAUCGCGGUCGAACAGUAGAUCAAGGUCUAGCAUUGGAUCGCGGUCGAACAGUAGAACAAGAUCUAGCAUUGGAUCGCGGUCGAGCAGUAGAUCAAGGUCUAGCAUUGAAUCGCGGUCCAGCAGUAGAUCAAGAUCUAGCAUUGGAUCGCGGACAAGCAGUAGAUCAAGAUAUGGCAUUGGAUAUCGGUCGAACAGCAGAUCAAGGUCUAGCAUUAGAUCUCGGUCCAGCAGUAGAUCAAGAUCUAGCAUUGGAUCGCGGUCCAACAGUAGAUCAAGGUCUAGCAUUGAAUCGCGGUCCAGCAGUAGAUCAAGAUAUGGCAUUGGAUCGCGGUCGAACAGCAGAUCAAGGUCUAGCAUUGGAUCACGGACGAGCAGUAGAUCAAGGUCUAGCAUUGGAUCGCGGUCGAACAGUAGAACAAGAUCUAGCAUUGGAUCGCGGUCGAACAGUAGAACAAGAUCUAGCAUUGGAUCGCGGACAAGCAGUAGAUCAAGAUCUAGCAUUGGAUCGCGGACAAGCAGUAGAUCAAGAUAUGGCAUUGGAUCGCGGUCGAGCAGUAGAUCAAGAUCUAGCAUUGGAUCGCGGUCCAACAGUAGAUCAAGGUCCAGCAGUAGAUCUCGGUCCAGCAGUAGAUCAAGAUCUAGCAUUGGAUCGCGGUCCAACAGUAGAUCAAGGUCUAGCAUUAAAUCGCGGUCCAGCAGUAGAUCAAGAUCUAGCAUUGGAUCGCGGACAAGCAGUAGAUCAAGAUCUAGCAUUGGAUCGUGGUUGAGCAGUAGAUCAAAAACUAGCAUUGGAUCGCGGUCGAGCAGUAGAUCAAGAUCUGGUAUUGGAUCGCAGUCGAGAAUUAGAUUAAAAUCAAUAAUUGGCUUGCCAAAGAUGGUACCACUAUUUAAUGUAAGACCUCGUGAUA